UGUGCAAAAAGCACAUCGAGGUUAGCCUAAUCGGCCUAUCACACUGGGCCCAGUGUAGUCAGAUGAUCUGACGUUUAGACUUCACACCUGUUUACUAAAGAAAUGCUGGUGGUAUGAUUCUCUGAUAUUCAAGCUCUCUUGUGUUCUGAGAUCUGGAUUACUGUUUACCUCAGGGUUUUUUUCUUCUCGCAAAACUGCUGAUGUGCUGCUUAGUAUCAACAGUCUUUUUAGUUACUUGGAUUCAGGAUUAAAAAUGACUGGAUUUACAGAAAGAAAGUAAAGGUAGUGAGUUGAGUUCACUUGCCAGACAUAGUACGUAAGUGUGGUUAUUGAAAUCAGUUUUCACACACUCAUAGUAUAUAUCUCUAUGGGCUUUUUAAAAUUUUCAAACGUCAUGGACAAAGCCAGCUUUGAGUAAGUACUUCCGCUUAUGCAGAGGAUGUCAGUGGAGUAGACAGUCCUUCAAUGUGGCCUGGAAAUAUUUGCGCACACACUGCAAAAAGAAAGUGGCCAUAUGCCCAGACUACCUCCGAAUGUGGUCUGAGUGAUCGGACCUCAUUGCGUCCUCAGUGCGUUUUGGGUGCAUUCACACCUGUACUCACAGCUGUCCCCCUGUGAUUGGAUCCCCCAAGACGCAUGGUAAUGCCAGGUGUGAACAGGACCUAUUACAACAAUGCUGUGUUCAAUAUGCCUGGGAGAACACAAAAAUAAAAUGUACUCACAGUCUAGGCAGCUUUGGAAAAAAUGAUUUGCUAUUGCACCUUUAACCAACGGAAUGAUAAUUGAUUUAGAUGUCAAAAGAAUGGGGAUCUUUUUUGAGAAGUGUCACCUGAGGUUUCCGUUAUUGUUCAUGCAGUUUGUUUCAUAGUAGUAAUAUAAUUUGGCAGUUAACCCUGGUAAGCAAGUACCACAAAUAAGGGCAUGUAAGCAUAUAAGUAUCCAUAUUCCAAAUUUGAACUGCUGUCAACUACUACCCAGUCAAACCAACUUGUCACAAUAACAUUGUUUUGUUGUUAGAAGAGGCGUUUUCUACCCUAGAUUGUUCUAGAUUGUUGCUUCUUAAAAAUAUUACAAUUCAAGAAUGAGGAUGCAUUGCAUAAUGUUGUAACCUCCUUUUAUACUGUAUAUGCAGCACUUUUAUUGAAUGACACAAGGAAUGAGUUCUACAAACUGUAUUACACAAAAUAAUGUAUGUAUUCCGGUAUCCUGAAUUUCCCUACAGGGAUUAAUAAAGGUUUAUCUUAUCUUAUCUUAUCAUAAACUCAAGGCAGCCCUAUCAUCUGUGCAGAGUCAAGUCUUACAGUUCCGUGUGUUCUUAUUUUGUCUUGCAGAACCCAGUUCUUCAAUGAAAAGAAGGUACAAACGCAAAGAGAUCGAGGAAAUCCAGUGCGAAGUGCGGAAGAUGCAUGCCUUCUCCAAAAUCCUCAACACCAAGAAGAACCUAGACCACGUCAACAAGAUCCUUAAGGUCAAGAGGCUGCAGAGGCAGGCCAAGACCGGGAACAACAUCGUCAAGCGGCGCAGGGGUAGGCCCAGGAAACAGCCCCUGCCCCAGGAAGAGGAGGAGGAUGAGGAUGAGGACGACGAGGAGGAGGACGAGGAAGAGGAGCCCGUGGCCCAGAUGCCAGUGCUGGAGAAGUGUGUGGACCUGCCCGGGAAGAGGAGCACACUGCAUGCCAGCCUGGUGCUGCCUGAGCCCUUAGAGUUCUCCAACCACGACUCUAUCAUGGAUGCCAUCGAGUCGGUGGUGCACAUGGCGCGGCUGCAGACCAAGUCCCAGCCCAUGCCAGUGGCGGCAGGCAAGCAGUGGCAGCGGAUGCCGGAUGAGGCCUGCACCGCAGAGCGCCGGCGGAGGUACCGCGGGAGCAGCAAAAAGGAAGAUGCACUUCUAGCCUUUCAUUAGCCAGUCACAAAGCAGUGCAAGUGGACACCUUUUUUUGAGUCGCCGUUGCACUUUUUUGCCUUGUUUUUCUUUUUGUCUUAACUUGUUUUUUUAUAUCUUUUUUUUUUCUUACACAUAUGGGCAUUCUUCUCGGCAGAAUUCAGAUAAAGAAUGUGGUCAAAUGUGCAGCGCUUUCAUUUUAUAGCGAGACUUAGCUGGACUUAGCUGUGUAUUCCCUGAGUCUCUUGGAGACCAGGCUGUGUUAAACUACUACCCUCCAAAACCCCACUUCAAACUACAAUAAUAGAACUUUCAAAGGUUUCCUAACUGUGGUUCUUGCCAUAAACCAGCUAGUGUAGAUAAUUGCUUUUUUUUCCCGCCAGUACUGUGCAGCUUUCUUUUUUUCCCCUCCUCAUUAUUUUGUAUUUCAUCCAAGUUAAAGCACAGUAGAUUCAGUGUACUCAGUGUAGAAUGAUCAACAAUAACCCCAUCCUUCUCUGACUCCUCCUCCCAAGCAAACUCAAGCUGUUUUGGGGUCGCCCUGAACAUAAACCAAUGGCAGUACAUUGGACUGGAGCUUCUUUGAACCUUUUUCCAGUGCUGGGCUAGUUGUACAUAAGAUACAUGCUGAACUAGAUGUAGAAACCCAUCCACAAAAUAUCUCAUUUCAGUAAGUGAUAACACGUAAUAUGCCGUGCUGUAGUCGGAAUGGUUGUAGUCAGUAUUGUUUCUGUGAAAAUCAAUAUUGUUUUUCACCAAAAAGAUUUUUCUGAAUGACCCAUAAUUACAUGAGCAUGAUUAAGUGAGUGCAUCACUGACUAUUCUGCUUCUGAACAUGGAACAGUAUUAACGUAACUGCUUACAGUUAUCUAUAAUAUUUAGCACUUCAUACAGUCAUAAUACAUUUUUCUGUAUUUCUUACCAUUGUGGCUAAAAUAUUUGACCAAUAAAUAGUAUGCAAUAAAUAGUUUGAAAAACAGCAUUUAAUAAUGAAAUAAUAGUCCCUUGGUGUGGCUAAAUAAGGUCACAACUGUGUUCAAUUUUGAAAUGAAAUCACUUUCGAAAUGGAAUAGGUGUUUGUAGAGUGUGUGUGCUGAACUACCAUAGAUCAGCCUCCGAGAAGGUGCCUGCCCUUGGCAUGGUCAUUAGAUGGUUGUGCAGACUUUUGGAAGCAGACCCUGAAACCCUUACAUUUAAAAAUGUCCUAGUUAACGAAACCAAAGUUUCUUACAAUCCCGACGGUUUCUGUAUUCUUGAAUGUUUUACUAUGUAGUCUGUAUAGAGUUGUAGGACACCCCAAGUCGUAUUUUGAGGAACCAAUGUGUUUCCGUUGUAUGUAGAUCGGGUCAAUUUAAAGAACCUUAACGAUCCACAGAGAUUAACAAUCAUCAGCAGAGAAACCAGAACCUCAUUUGCGUCCAUUCGAAAUGCUUUUUUAUCUGCAAUUGAUUUCUCAGUAGUCUCACUCGUGCCUUAAGUUUGUUUAUUAAUUCAUUACAUUUGAUUUGCAGGGAAAUGCAGGAAUCAAUGUGAUUACCUUGUUAAAUCAUGAAUGUCCAUACUUAACAUACAUGUAUCCAUCGCUCAGAACACACUUAAAGCAUUCACUGUCAUGCCCUGAAGUGCUACAGCACAGCUGAAGGUACAUAAUAUUAGCUAGGAAGCUAAUGCUUUGAGGUUAUCAUGGGCGUAUUAUCAGUACUCUGUUGUGUUUAGAGCCAGUCUCGAUCAAUAUCCAGAACACACAACACAGACAGUACAUUCAGAGAGGGAAGCACUCCAUCAGUGACAUUUUUUCUAUGCAUCAGGUUUUACCUGUGAAUCUGCUGACAUGUAGGCCUAGUGACUUUCAAAGAUGAACCUUUAUGAUAAGCUUUCUAUUCUUCUUUUUGUUUUGAUCUGCCCUUUAUGGAUAGUGAAGUGGUCUUUUUUGAAAAUAAAUGAAUAUAAUCAAUUAUAGUGAAGAAUGUCAGUAAAUCUGUAAAAGUGCAAAAAGCGACUAUCAUUUCACUGCAAUUAUUGUCACUGCAUGUGACAGAGAACUGUCUUAACAGCAGUCGAGCCUUAAUCUAAAGUUAUAUUCAGCUAAAUCUCCACUGUAAAUAGUGUAACUACUGUAGGUUAGAUCCAUUUGCAUGGGAGGAAACUGUGUUUUGACAUAUGUUGGACUGGUAUCAUGUGAACAUGUCCGGCAUAGACUGAAGCAGUAGUCUACAUGCAUAAAAUGUUAAUUUUGCUACAAGCUCAGCCAUUAAGUCUGAUGAUGACUUCGGUUGUGUCAGAGCCAAGAAAAAUAAUUUGCAUUGGCUGGCAGCUAUCCCCCCCUAGCCAGUGGGACCAAGAUGUAGGCUGUAGGAUGUCUCAAUUUUGGACUGGCUCAGAAAACCACCUGAAGACAUCGCCAAAUAUAAAGAAGUCCAUUUAUCAGUAUUUAAUGCUAGGCCAUCCAAAGCUGAUCUAACAAACUCUGAAUCUGAAUGUGCUUUCUUUCUCUUUUUUUUUUUCGUCUACCAAAACCUAUAACAAUUUUUUUUUUUUUUUACAUUUAGCAUCGACUAGGAUGUGUUCUAGGGAGGUUUUAGCAGCAAGGCAUGGCAGCUCAAAAGUUCAUUUUAAUAUUUAAAAUUCUGUGUAUUUCUUCACCAGCAUAAAAUGGUGCCUUCUGAAGUUGAGGUGUGUCCUUUCUAUAUUUACUGGCUCUUUAAUCAAGAGACAUAGACCGAUCCUGUUAUUUGACAGCCUCUGUAUUUACUCUAGACAGAUGUACUAUUGCCCAAAGUGACACUUGGAUGAAAACAAACAUUUGGUGUAAUCCAAUUAUGUUUUGAAGCCUGUAGGUGCUAGUGGGUUUCAGAAGUAUUUGGAAGCUGUUUGGCUUGGUUGUGUCCUCCUAGUGUCACAGUUGGCCAUGCACAUUCAAGAAGAAACGUCUUUAGCUUAUACAAAUGUAGUAAUCUGUAUCAUGCAUUUUGAAGCUACAUUGAUAUUUAAAAACUGUGCAACAUCAGUAUUGCGUGAAAAAAUUACGUGUCUUUGCAAGAGCACAUAGCUAUGUUUGUAUAUUCUAAUUAGAAGACAUUGUGUAUUUCAUAUUGUUUGUGUUUUUUUUUUCUGUAUAUGCAUGCCCCAUUUGAUUGUAUGCAUAAAUAUUUUAGAUGAACGAAAAAUUGAAUUUCAAUCAAAUUUGGAGAACUUGUACAAUGUUUGAUAUGUUUCUUUUUUAAUGGAUUUUUAAUUCUCAAAGCAUUUUUGUAUAUUGUAUUAUUAUAACAAACUGCAAAUAUUGGACAUAUAAAAUGAACAAAUACAGAGGUACACAUGCAUAUACAUAUAUUGUACAUAGAAUGUAUGUAUACACAUGCAUAUUUGGUGUGUUAGUGUACACACACAUAUAUGUUCAUAAAUACUUAUACUGUAUAUAGGUAUAUACGUGUACUGUAUGCUGGCAUGUUUGGUCAUGUUUGUUGAUCAUGAUUUAGUAGUUUUAUUUUUUUAUUUCUCUUUUCUCUUACAGAAAAGCUUGUCCUUUUUUCUGCUGCCAUCCUUGGCCGGCAGCAUCAAGCACUUAAAGUUGAUUUCUGUUCAUGUCAUUGUGGAAAAAUAAUAAAUGACUUUAUCGAAGGCU